AAUGAUCCUGAUAUUGCCUGCACACUAGUCUAUGGUGUGAACACUAAAUCAUCCAUUAAUGCUGGAUUAGUGAUCAAUCCCACACCAAAAACAUGCUUUCAAGAGAGGCUGCGUCAUUUUCAUGAAGUCAGUUAUGCCGACUAUCAAAAAAAAACUCCUCUUGGGAGGUCAGAAGUUCAAGGCCCUGGUUUACCAAGCUGGCUCGAUGCUGAGAAAACCACUUUUGGUGUCGCAACGCUUGCUGUGUCUAACGGUGAUGAGGUUAUCAAUCCACCCAAAACCACACAUCAGGUGAAGAAGGGAGCGUAUGAAGGCCAUCAGCGCUCGCACGGAUCCUAUUUUGUAGUUCAGUCAGAUCGCAACCCAUUUCGAGGAGAACGUGUUGACAGAAAGCACAGCUGCAAUCACUAUAGGAGAGAUGGUAGGUUUGGUGUCCCAACGCCUCAUUACAAUGAUGGGAUAACUAUAUCCAGAUCUCUGCGGUGGCCCUGGGACUCACUAAUGCACAAUAGUGCAAAAUUAGUUUCCAACCGCUGCGACGACUUCAGAGAGAAGGCUUAGCUUCAAACAGGCGAAGUUCAUGAUCCAAUUGCAGAGACGUUAAACGUUCCCGGUGAUCACACAUUUGGAGUCUUGAUGAAACCUGACAGCUUUGGUAAUUUAAAUCGUCUGUCGCUUUCUAAGUUUGAUAUGUCAGAUAUAAAUUAGCAGCCAGUAUCGUAGAGAGUUUAUGGUUUAUUUUGGGUUGGUGUGAAAACACUGUUGGGAAAUUUUAACAUGGACUUUCUUAUAAUCAGAGCUCAAAAACAUUUGUUGUAUUUUAAAUAAAGAAAAUAAAACCCAUUUUCAAGGCA